AGCUUCCACGGCUUGAACGUGUAUCAACUCUUUGUGCCAUCCCUAGCUUCCCAGCAGACCAUCAGGGAACCGCGGGCACUCAUCCGAUAGCUAUACGCACUCGUCUAGCGUUUAUUAUACACACGAUGUCCUACCCUGUAACAAAAGCCGCUAAAUGGGCUGUCAGCGAGCUGCGAGGCGUCGUCGUCUCAGCUGGUCUGAUGCAAAAAACAGUCAGAGUCCGCGUAGGCGGGCAAAAAUACAAUCCUAGGAUUCAAAAGAUGUUUACAACCCCUAAAUCCUACCUCGUCCACGAUCCGAACUCCUCCCUGCACACUGGCGAUGUCGUCUCUAUUGUCCCAGGCUGGCCAACUUCCAAACACAAGCGACACGUCGUGAAACAGAUCAUUGCCCCUUUCGGAGUCCCCAUGGAAGAGCGACAUCCUGUGCCGACUGAGGAGGAGAGGAUAGCGCUUCGGGAUAAAUGGAAGGCAGAGAAAGACACGCGGAGAGAAGCGAGGAAAAGAGCGACCGGUGGAGCAAACGCUACUACCAUAGUAGCUUCAAGGUCCUGAGGCUUGGCGUGCAAGACAAUGCGCGUUACCAUGAUCAUGUGCCAACUGAGGGCUCUUUAACCACCGCUGUACGUGGAUGGAUGCAGGGUUCUGGGCAGUUCCAUGUUGGAACGAGGGAGGGAGAAGGAGACGGCCUACGGUUCAUCAGAGAACGACGAUUGGCCGCUACUCGAUGCGCCUUUGUACAAUCAAUCUAUCUCAGUGUACUUCUAGAAGUUUGAUGCAUUAAUUUCCGGCUGCAAACGCCGACGCCAGGACCGUUACCACCCUACACCGAAGAACUUUGAAAGUUU